AUGGCAGUCAAGAGUAAUAGGGAGAUUCUUACGCGUGGUAAGAACUAUGCCACUAAACAGGCUAAAAAGUUUGGUGCUGAUGAAGUAUCGUUUGACAAGGAUUCGAGGUUGGAUUUCUUGACUGGGUUUCACAAGAGAAAAGUACAGAGACAGAAGAAAGCACAAGAGUUUCACAAAGAGCAGGAACGGUUACAGAAGAUAGAAGAAAGAAAAAAGAUAAGAGAUGAGAGAAAACAGCAGAUAGAGGAGCAGUUAAAGCAAUUCAAGUCUAAACUAGAUAUUGAACUUGAGGAAGUUGCUGGUGACCAAGAUUGGGAGGACAAUACGAAAAAGAAGAAAAAUCAAAAGUCUGAGGUUAAAGAAGAAGAAGAAGAAGAAUGGGAAGGCUUUCAAUCGGACCAAGACACUAAAAUUGAUGAAGACGACAAAGAUGAGUCAGGUGUAAAACCUAUAUUAAAGAAGAACGCUGUAGCCUCAGAGUAUUCAGAUAAUACAGUGGUUGAGAUUGAGACAUUGGAGCCCAAUGAGAACUUUGCAUAUCUUGCUGAAGUUAAUAAUGUGAAACUAGAACAAUCGGAAAAGGUUUUAAAACAAAGCAUCACGAGAGCAACGAAAUAUGCUAAAUUUUUGGGCAUGGGUGAUGAUGAGGACAAUAAGAAGAAGAAGAAGAAGAAGUUCAGAUAUCUGACAAAGGGUGAGAGACGUGUAAACCAAAUGAAGGCGAAUGCGAACAAGAGAAGAAAAUGA